CUUGCUGCUGGGAUUCAUAUUUGUAUGAAAUAUAAGUGUGAGCUUGUGUGAAGUCAUUUAGAGCUGGCAUAUAAAGAAGACUUUGACUGCAGUAUGUACAGCUCUGCCUGAACUUUAGCCUUUCAGAUCGGAUUGACUCAUUGCACCCUCCCUCAUUCCAGGAUAAAAAGAGUUCAGUCAGCUUUGGACAGCAGGUUCUUGCUGUCAUUGGACCAACUCAUCGGUGAGUCCUAUGUUACAGUUUCUGAUUUAUGAGAAAAGAGAGUCCACAAAGUCUCAACCACUGAUUUGUGUGAUAUUAUUCACAGCAGUACAGGAGUUGAACGUUACAUAUUUUUAUGGUGCCGCACCUAAACAAGCAGAACAGAAAGCUGAGCUUAUUUAGAAACCCACUACGUCUGGACAACUGCUGCAGGAUGAGCGCUUUUUGGAGUGAGUCAGUCCUGGAAUUGAAACUAGUGUCCUUGGAGUGUCAUUUCACAUGGGAUCUGGACAUCAGCAGGUCCAAACUGCUCUGUAUCCAGGAUACGCUGGAGGACAUUGGUUUAGAAGAGGGAUACUGCUGGCUGGGUCACAUUUUUAACCUCCAGGGCUUCAUUCACCACCAGCUGGGCCUCAUUGAAGAGGCUCGGGGUUUCUUCUGCAGGGCUGCAGAGGCUUUCCGCCAGCUGAGGAACACCGUCUCAGAUGAGGGCCCCUGGUUGGUGGUAAAUUAUGGAAAUAUGGCCUGGCUGCACCACCAAAUGGGGGAGGAAGCACAGACUCGAGAAUACUUGUCAAAGGUUGAAGCCCUGGUGUGUGAGUACCCGUCACCAUCUCUGGACGACCCCCAUCCGGAGAUCUGUGCUGAGAAAGCCUGGACUGUGAUGAAGUUCAGCACCAAUAAGAAGCUUCUGGCUGUAGAUUACUUCCAGAGAGCUAUCAGGAUGCAGCCGGACAUGGUGGAAUGGCAAACUAGCCGAGUGUUAGCAUUAGUAAAAGCCUUUUUGCACCGCAAAGAAAACCUGGACUCUGAUAUCUUGGAGAAGGUGAAAAUAGCCAAAGAGCAUGACCCAGAAAACUUGUACCUUACUGCUCUUUACCUGGAAGCACGAGCUCAGAAGGGAGCAAGAAUUCAGGAUGAAGCACACAAAUUGGCCAGACGAGUGUUGAGAAAGCCAGUCAGCAGCUACAGCGGCAUGAAGCCUUUACUAAGGCUCUACAGGAUCUACGUAUCCAUGGAUGAAGCUCUUGAUUUAGCAGAAGAGGCUCUCGAAAGACAUCCGGAUGCACGCUACAUAAAGAGAUGUGCUGCAAUCUGCUACAAAAGGAAAGUCUUCUCCCAGAGCAACAAUCACCUUGAGCGCAACCUGAUUGAGAGAGCUGUCAGUCUUCAUAAAGAGACCAUUGCUCUUUACCCUCAUUCUUCACUUAAAAUGCAAAUAUCUUUGGCGAACAUAUAUGCAAAAUCAAACCAGCGAGCUGAAGCUGAGGAGCUGUUUGAGAAGCUGCUGGAAGCUGACCUGGAUCCUGAAGAAGAGCAGAUGGUUUGCAGCUUCUACGCUAAAUAUUUGCAGUACAGUCGGAAGGAGAGGAACAAGUCAAUCACAUAUUACAAGAGGGCAGCAGUGAUACCUCACCAGAGCUUCUAUCGGGAGGACAGCAUCAGAAGGCUGGAGAAGAUUAGUGAAGAGAAACGGCAGCCAAUGAGCAGAGAUAUAGAGGAUUUCCUGGUUAAUUUGUCAUUCUGAGAGCCCACAGUAAACAGAAUCUAGAUAAAGUUCUGUGUUGUGAUACGGGAGAGAUGGGUUUUGCACUCACUGCAGCAGGUUUCAGAGGUAUUAGGUCCUUAAUGUGGGACAAACUGGGUAAAUACAAGAAACCAAAAAAUCCUAAGAAAUGAUGUAGGUUUUUAGCUGAUAUGGAGAUUUCACUCUUAUUUUACACUUAUUUCUGACUCUAAACUCUGCACAGAUUUAACAAGCGAUGCAUAUGUUUCCUGCAGAUAUUUACAUUUUGACUGUUCCUUUUACCAACAGGAAAAUAUUCUUGCGUCAAAGUUACCACAUGCAAGCUCUCAUAUUAUAAGACAGUUUACAUUCAGAAGUUGUUACUGUUUUUGCUUCAAUUAAAAAUGGACAUUUAAACAUCAUGGCCUAAAAUUGAGAGAUUUUUGUUUAAAUUACACACUGAAGACCUCAGUUUUAUUACAGCAUCAAAAACACAGCGUUGCGCUAAUUUAUUCAAUCUUUCAUUUCAUUCUCACACUCAAAACCUGCCUGUUAUGAUCCAUGUUCAUUUAAUUAAAAAACAUUUUCGUAUAAAACUAUUCAGGAAGUAAUCGGCAACCUUAGUGAAUUCUUAGACCCUCCACCAGAGGUCGCUGGUACAAAUAAUUUGCAUCUCAUCUCAAUUGUUUUGAGUCAAAAGCAUACAAGUGGAGUAAAAAGGUUGCAGCAAAAAGCAUAUAUCUCCUAAAAAGGGAAAAGAAAUUAUUUUAAGUCCCAAUGAAAUAAACUAAAUGUUCAAUUUAUUUAACUGAUUUAUUAUUAUUUUCAAACUGAUGGUCAUUAAUAAUUACAGAAACUUAAUUUAUUUAUCCCCAAAUAUUUUUUUCUGGGUCACUCUCUUUUCUGUUAUUUGUGUUAAUGUGGUGUUUGUUUUUAAGUUAUGCGUUUUUACAUAUCAUUUAGCAUAUUUAACAGCAAAUAAAUGUUUAAUGACUUAAUGUCACAAUAUCAUGCAGUUAAGUAUUCAGCAUUAACACCUGCGAGCCUUUAAUAGUGUUUGUCAAUAAAAUGUCUCAUGACUAAAUUUA